GCGCUCAGGUACUUCCUGGCGGCAGCGUGUGUUAGACGUUAGCGUUUGUUCUUCUGCUCUGUCGGGACGCGCGAUAUUGGGAAUAUAUUUGUUUUGUAUUUUGUUUUUGUUUGUGUUUUUGUUUAGUCGACAUGGUGAAAUUGUCGGCAGAGUUAGUGGAGCAGGCUGCUCAGUACACGAAUCCGGUCCGGGACAGAGAACUGGAUCUGCGAGGUUAUAAAAUCCCGGUUUUGGAGAACCUCGGCGCCACACUGGAUCAGUUUGAUACCAUUGACUUUUCCGAUAAUGAGAUCCGAAAGCUGGACGGAUUUCCUCUGCUCAGGAGACUCAAAACUGUGCUGAUGAACAACAAUCGCAUCUGCCGGAUCGGUGAAAACCUCGAGCAUUCAUUGCCCAAUCUUAAGGAGCUGAUCCUUACAAGUAACAACAUCCAAGAGCUGGGUGAUCUGGAUCCUCUCGCUACAGUCAAGUCCUUGACUCUUCUCAGUCUCUUAAGAAACCCAGUAACCAACAAGAAGCAUUACAGGCUGUAUGUCAUCAACAAACUUCCACAGAUACGUGUUCUGGAUUUCCAGAAGGUGAAAUUAAAGGAACGUCAAGAGGCUGAGAAAAUGUUCAAAGGCAAACGGGGUGCUCAGCUUGCAAAGGAUAUUGCCAAGCGCACAAAAACGUUCACGCCAGGAGCCGGACUGCAGGCUGAGAAAGUAAAAACGGGGCCUUCUGCGGCAGACGUGGAAGCCAUUAAGGCUGCUAUCGCAAAUGCAACAUCGCUGGCUGAAGUGGAGAGGUUGAAGGGAAUGUUGCAGUCUGGUCAGAUCCCUGGAAGAGAAAGCAGACAAGGUGCACAGAGCAUGGUCGAGGAAGAAGAGGAAGAUGAGCCUGAAAUGGGGAUGCAGGAGUCUGUGUCCAUGUACAACACUGCCGGUGGGGACGAGAUGGAAGAUGAUGGAGUGGAAAACGGAGAGGAAGACAUGCACGUUAAUGGAUCGUAGUUCAUUUCAUGUUGUACGGAUGAUGUGCCAGUUGUGCAUCUCUUCAGUUUGUGUAUAAAUGUUGGACAGAGUACUUUGUAUGCAACUUUUUUUUAUUUUUUGUUUGUGUGUUUAAACACAUUUAACCAUUGUUUUUUUUUUUUAAUGAUUUAAGAAUAAAAAUGUUCUUGCUUCUA